GGCCCGGAAGCAGCGGGCGGAAGGGGCGGGGCGGCCGCGGGACCCACGCGUGUCCCCGACCCCGUGUCUCUCCACGUGUCCGCGCUCCCGGUUUUGCGGGUUGUCUCUGGGACUGGGCUCGGUGUUUUCCCCUCACCCCACCUGUGCCGCCUCCCGUGGGCUGCCCGCCGGUGUCAGCGCCGCCCUCUCCCCGCGUGGAAAGGCCUUUGGGGCACCCAUGGAGCCGGCGCUCCGGGCCGGUGUCCGUAGGACCGUGGGGCUGUCACCCGUGUUACCCCGCUGCUGGCGGGGGCUGAGGUUCCGCUCCACGCGGGAGGAGCGGCCCCCGCCCUUCGCAGCCGCGGGUGGGGAUGGGGAAGGGCCGCCCCGCGGCGGGGAUGGCGGCCGGUUGUCCCCACCGGCCCUCCCGGGGGGUUCUCGGCUGAACGUGUCCCGUGGGCACCCGGCCCCGCAGAGCCGGCCCUUCUCCUGGCACGGCCAGCCCGGGAACCCACGGGCGAGCGGCGCGUCGAAGCGGCUGGAGCGAAAACCUCCACCCGUGGCCAGGCCCGAGGGCUCGGAGCUGCUGUUCGGGGUGGCGCCGUGCGCGCUGGCGCUGGCCCGGGCGCGCAGGCGCCUGUUCCGCCUGUUCCUCCAGCCCAGCAGCGGCGCCCGGCGCCCGGUGACCGCCGAGCUCGCCCUGCAGGCCGCGGCGCGGGGGGUCCCGGUGCAGCGGGUGCGCAGGAGGGAGCUGGACGCCCUGUGCAGAGGUCGCGUCCACCAGGGCGUGUGUUUGGAGGCCACCCCUCUCCGCUUCAAGAGCUUGGAGGAGGCGGAAAAGCCCGAGGUGGGGGAUGAAGAGAGGCCGAAGCCACGGCUGGUUUGGCUGGUGCUGGAGCAGAUCCAGGAUCCCAUGAACCUGGGGGCUCUGCUGCGCUCUGCCUACUUCUUGGGGGUGGACAGGGUGGUGACCAGCCAGAGGAACAGCUGCCCCUUGACACCGACAGUGAGCAAAGCCAGCUCUGGAGUUAUGGAAGUCUUCGAUGUCUACAGCACAGAUGAUCUCCGCAGCUUUUUGAAGGCUAAAAGUGCAGAAGGCUGGGAAGUCGUUGGGACGGUGAGCAAGCCUGAGGAUGUGGAAAAUGUUCCUGUCAUCAGCUGCUUGGAAUUCCAGUGGAAUAAACCCGUUAUUCUAGUAAUAGGUAGCGAAGGUGACGGACUUUCCCUAGAGACGCAGCUCCUGUGCCAUCGGAUGCUGACCAUCCCCCCCGGCAGAGCGCUGCACCCCGGCAUCGAGUCGCUCAACGUCUCCGUUGCUACCGGUAUUCUCCUGCACUCCAUCUGCAGCCAAAAGCUGAGGCAUGGUGACUGAAUGUGUUUUUCAUUUGGUGGGAGAAGCUGCUCCCAUGGUCCUGAGCUGCACCUUGGCUGACGCACGAUGCCACCAGAACCCUGGUUUGAUGCUGAAGUCGGAGACCAGCAUGUGGCAGGUAACACCGCCCACCGGCCCCUCGGAGGAGCAGCCGCAAGGAAGGGACACCAAGCUGGGUUUUAAAAACAGCCACAUCCUUCAGUUCUUGCACUGAAAUGCCAGUGACUGCUGUGAGCUUUGUGCUUGUUGCGCGGGGGACGCUGUGCAUCACUCGUGAUGUGGAGAGAAUUUGGGCUGGAAGUGAGAGGCGGGAUGGACACGAGCUGUUAGAGAACAGCUGUAGUGGGGAAAGCACAGCCCAUUGAAAUAAAACCUCUGUGAAGAUUG